AUAAUGAAGGUAAAGGGGAAAAAGGAAGAGAAUCUUUUGCAAAUAGUCGAAACGAGUGGAAAAAGAAGGGAAAAGUUGGUAACGAUAACCCCACACGGUCUGGUUGUCGAAUCAAUAAAGCAGUAAAAGUUUGUCUGCUUGCUAAUGCUAAUGCUAAGGCUGGUUAUAGCAAGCAUGGCUUCUUCUUCUCUUUCUUUUCAAGAAAAGUACGAUGUGUUUCUCAGUUUCAGAGGUGAGGACACACGCAAUACAUUCGCUAGCUAUCUUUAUGCAGCUUUAUCAGCAAAGCAGAUCUUAACUUUCAUGGAUCACGAGCUAGAGAGAGGGGAUGAAAUUUCACCAACACUUAGAAGAGCCAUCGAAGAAUCCAAGAUUUCUGUGAUCAUUUUCUCGGAAAACUACGCUUCGUCCACUUGGUGUUUGGAUGAACUUGUUCAAAUCCUUGAAUGCAAGAAAACAAGAGAGCAGAUUGUUAUUCCAAUCUUUUACGGCAUAGAUCCAUCAGUUGUACGAAAACAGAAGGGAAGUUAUGGGGUUUCAUUCGCUGAACUUGAAGAACGUUUCAGAGACAGAAUGGAAAAGGUGCAUCAGUGGAGGGCUGCUUUGACAGAAGCGUCUAAUCUUUGUGGGUUGGAUUCCAAGGAUUUCAGAGAACCAGGUAAACGUAGUCGAUUGUGGGAUGUUAAAGAUGUUUGCCAUGUCCUGGAAAGAAAUAUGUGUUCAUUUGACUGUCAGGGUACGCAAGCAGUUGAAGGAAUCUCAUUCAACAUGUCUGAAAUUAGUAAAGACAUAAAAAUAUGCCAUGCAUCCUUCUCAGAGAUGUAUAAUCUACGAUUUCUCAAAAUUUAUUGUGACAAUAUUGAUAACAAGAAGUUCAAACUGUACCUUCCCCAAGGUCUUGGUUCUUAUCUUUCUGAUAAGCUAACAUAUCUUCAGUGGGAUUUAUACCCUUUAAAAUCUUUGCCAUCAAAAUUUUCUCCUGAAAAUCUUGUUGAACUGAUACUACGUGGCAGCCAUAUAGAAAAACUUUGGAAUCAACAUGAAGUUAAGUCUCUUCCGGUGUUAAGAAUGAUCGAUCUUAGCUAUUCCAAGUUCCUUACUCAACUGUCCGAUCUGUCACAGGCUCCAAAUCUGGAAAGUAUAAAUCUCGAAGGGUGCACAAGUUUGGCUCAGGUUUUUUCAUCUCUUCAAAAUCUUGAAAAGCUUACUUAUCUAAAUUUGAAUGGCUGCAUCAAACUCGGAGAUUUUCAAGAGAUAUCAAAGAGAAGUGAGGGGUACUUGGAUGUUGUAAGGUUAGAAGGCGUUAAGAAUGUUUUGAAUAAUUUCACAUUUCUGAAAAGUUGCAUCCAAAGUUUUACAGGCAAUUUAUGUCUCUACUCAUCUCAAACUCACAUGUCUCAAAAGUUUGCACCGAAUUUAACAUCUUUACUUAUGCGUGAGACGGCAAUAGAAACAGUGCCCCCAUCAAUUGGAUAUCUCUCGGGUCUUGUUAAAUUAGAUUUGGUGUUUUGUAAAAGACUUAAAAGUCUUCCAACAAGCAUUUGUCAUUUGAAAUCUCUUGAAGAACUAGAUCUGACUGGUUGUGAGAAACUGAAAACGUUUCCAGAAAUCUUGGAGCCUAUGGAACACUUGACAAAUCUUCGGUUAGAAGAGUCGGGGAUUAAAGAGUUGCCGGAGUCGAUUGAAAAUGUAGUUUCCCUCAAAGUUUUACAUAUGCAAAAAUGCAAGGACCUUGAGUUUCUCCCCUACAGCCUAUGUAAUUUAAGGAAACUCGAGGCGAUACGGCUCAGCUACUGUUCAACAAUUCAAAAUUUGCCUUCCAUCUCUCACAAUUACCCACCGACAAUUCGAGCAAAGACCGUGAAGAGGGUGCACGUCAUUAGAGAAUAUUUCAAAUUGGAGGGCUCCACUAUUACGCGAUCUGGAAGAUAUCAUUGGAAAUAGGUUUUAUCCUCACUAUAUUGACUUUAAUGGAUGUGAAAAACUGGAACAGAAUACACGCAACACCACGCUCGCUGAUCAUGCAGUAACUAAAAUUCUGUUUCGUCUAAAAUUUUUAGAAACUUACUCAGGUGUUCAUUCAUUUCACCAUCCAGGAGAUGAAAUUCCGGUGUGGUUCAACCAUCAAACUUGUGGGACUUCACUCAAUAAUAUUAUGCUUCCACCAUAUUGGAAUAAUGACGACUUCUUGGCUUUGGCUUUCUGUAUUGUUCAUCGUCAGAAUAAAGUUGACUCUAAUGCACGUUUUUGUCUUAAUUGCAAACUCAAUUUCAUAACCGUCGAUGGUGAUUGGCUGUAUGAAUGUCAUGAUUAUUAUGAGAACUCAUUGGAAAACAAGAUUAGUUCAGAUCACGUGCUCAAAUACUAUGUGAAAACAUGGUGUUUGCGAUCUUUAAAACGGAAUAUAGCUAGCGAUGAAAUGGAUGGACUAAAUUGGCCCACUGCUUGCAGCACUGAGGCCUCUUUCCAUGUCUGGCCUCUUUGCGAUGUCAACAACUACGGAAUUGAGUAUGGGGAGAUUAAGAAGAUUGGAGUUCGGUUUGUAUACAAACAAGACAUGGAGAGAUGGGAUGCAGAAAUUGAAAGAAAGAAUAAGAGACGCUUCAACGAAUGUUGUGGAUCAAGUGGAAGUGAAGCUGUUGACUCUCGUGAGGAAGAAGACUAUGAUCAUGAAUCACAAUCUAAGAAACUCAAGCUUAUGUGACUGUUUAGAAGAUGUAGAGCAAUUGGAUGUUGACGAACCAAAUUAAGAAACAGAACAAUUCUGUGCUUCAACUUUGAGACAUGCAUUGCUGCUCGUUAGGAAAUCAUUAAUUGUCGGCUCUGAUGGAUAAGGAAGAAGAAAAUUAGACCAUAUUCCGUCUAUGCUAAGGUAAAUCCAUUUAUUUAUUUCUUUAUUUAUUUUGCAAAUUAAUUUGUAGGAGUUAAUAAUCCUGUUCACAACAUGUAUUUUUGUAGUAUUUUAGUUGUAUUAAUAUAUAAACUAAUAAGUUCAUAAAUUCUAAGCAAAUUUCUAAAGGAA